CAGCUGUCAAAGAUAGCUGUCACCCAGUUUCAGGAUCAAACACACAGUCAAUGAGAAAAAGGGCUUUGAGCCGAAGGGACGCAGAUAUCUCAGGUAAACCCCCCCACCACACACCACCACCACCACUACCCCCUCCAAAACAAGGACGAGCAGAAGAAACAUUUAUUAUUUUUUUCUGGGGGGGAAAGAAAAAAAAAAGAAGAAGAAGGGAAGAAGAGAGUUUUGAUGAAUAAGGAUUUUUCGGAUUAUUCGGAUACACGCUGGUGAUAUCUGGAGGAAAGAGGAAAACACUGCACUGACACAAAGGCGAUCUUCUGCUGCUGCGUUUUUGACGAGGGAAAAGUGGGCAUUUGCUGGGGGAGAAAUGAAGACGAAAAAGGGUUUGAUGAUGCUGUCAGGGAGCGAGACAGAUGACGAGGACAGCGUGGACGCCCCUCUGGAUCUGUCGUCCAGCUCGGGGAGCAACGGGAAGAGGAAACGGCGGGGAAAUCUGCCCAAGGAGUCGGUUCAGAUCCUGAGGGACUGGCUGUAUGAGCACCGUUACAACGCCUACCCGUCUGAGCAGGAGAAAGCCCUCCUGUCAAAGGAGACUCAGCUCUCAACACUACAGGUGUGCAACUGGUUCAUUAACGCACGGCGGCGACUUCUUCCAGAGAUGCUGAGAAAAGAUGGCAAAGAUCCGAACCAGUUCACCAUAUCCAGAAAAGGUAGCAAAGCGGGCGACAGCUUCUCCGACAGCUCCCAGUCCCCGAAACACGGCAGUCCUGCAGGCGGCACGGAGGACAGCUACGACAAACGCGCUCUCCACCCCUCCAGCUUCGAACCCGGUGUCCCGAGGAAGGCGGCGUCCCCCUCCAUGCCCUCUCCCACCUCCUUGUCCCCUUCUCCAGGGCUCGUGCCCAGCCGGCCCUCUGUCAUCUGUCACACCACUGUCACCACAGCGAUGCAGGGAAGCCCGACGGCCUCCCAGCCCUCUGUGCCGGGAAUGAACUGUGACAGGGCAGCUGAGCUGUUACAUGCCGUGCAGGUCCAGGCGCUGCUCAGGUGCCAGGAUGAAGGGCAGGGGAGCAAACCCCUCCCUACCACCACCACCACCGCCACCACCACCAUCCUCAGCAGCAACGGCAUGGAGGGCAACCUGAGCCCCCGCAGCGGGCUUUUCAACACCCCUCCACCCACCCCUCCAGACCUCACGCAAGACUUCAGCGGCUUCCAGCUCCUGGUGGACGUGGCCCUCAAACGGGCCGCAGAGAUGGAGCUGCAAGCCAAACAGCUGGUCUCCUAAAAGUGACAGAAGAAGAAGAAGAGGGAUUAGAGACUGACUUUGUGUCUCGACUGUGGAACUCCUCAGAGUUCAAGAGACUUGUCUGCACGCAACAGAGAACAAAUCCACAUGAAAUCCUGAUCAUUUCUAUUUUUGGUAUACCAAUCAAAUUGAUGAGGACGUUUUUUUAUUGAAAAAAAAAGAAACUGUAUCGAGGUGCCUUGGCUGUAAGUUGUUUAUUCAUUUCACAUACAUGCGUAUGUAUCUACAUGUGUAUCUUAUUUGCACACAGGGACCAAAAAUGUUAUCGGAGAAAUGCUGCCUGUCUUACGUCUUUCCAUUAUACUGUAUUUCAUUUUAGAGAACGGAGAAUGAGCUAGAGUCAGCCCUCCUUCACUGACCAAUCACGCAGAUCGGUCGCGUCCACACACGUUUACUGUUUUACAUUUCAGAGAUCAGCUCAUGAUUAGUCUGCCAUGUUUGUUUGCACACUAAAGGCAGAGGAAGGUCAUCUCAGUGUCUUAAACAUACUUUGCUCUCAGCAUCUAUGACAAACUUAUUCACUACUGUAGUAAACGUUAUGUGUUUUCAUGAGUAUAAGUAUAGUUUUGAUUUUGUAAUUUACUUUUAGCUAUUUUUAAAAGAAAGAAAACCCUAUGCUUUUGGUUUUUUUUACUCCUUUUUUCCCCAACCAAGGGAUAUUUCAGAUGACCAAUGUAGCAGGUUCUUAGUCUGAACCUUCAUCCCAUCACUCAGCGAAAAACGACGGCCAGUGGACUGGAAAAUUAAACACUACAGAUGUCUUUUCUGCAUUUGCUGUUUUUACAACCUGACUAAGACAGCGAUUUUUGAAAAUCACCAAAAAAGCAUUUUCAUGUAUAAUAGGACCAUGUGUAUAGUUAAUGUGACAUGACGCCCAAUGAUGUGAUUUCUUUUCAUACUGUGCAAUGUUUGUGGCAAAUAGGGGUCACAUGGGAUUCAAAUA